AUGAACAAGCUAAGGAAAAAUCCAAAUAUAUUGGGAAGAAAAGAUGAACAACAUCAAGGAAAGAUGAAUCAUACUAUAACAGAUUUAUAUAAUAUAAAACAAAUUCAAUCUAAUAAUUGUACAAGUUCUUGUUCUGAAGAUGAUUCAUUAUCAAGAUCAGAUUUUAGUUUUGAUUCAAGUUUGUCAGAUCGAAUUCAAAGUCUAAAUACAUCAUUAUCAGAAGAAUUUGAUUUUAAUUUUGGAUUUGAUUCAAUUAGUGAUGACGAUGAUGAAGAAACUUAA